AUGUCCGCCGGCGAAAGCUACAGGUCGGCUAAGAAGCGGCGGCGCCUGGUAGUAGGAGAUGCAUUGGCAGCAGCAGCCGGAACUAGUACUGAAUUCCAUCGCCCUCCCACAAAAAAAUUGCGAAUCCGAUUCAAAGGGCCAGAGCAUGCAAUCAGCCGACUGGGCAACGACCUCAUCGAAGAAAUCCUGAUUCGCCUCCCAAACCCUAGAUCCGCCUCCCGCUGCAAGCCAGUAUGCAGGCGGUGGAACUCCAUGAUCUCCAGUCCCUCCUUCAAUCGCCGCUUCGUCUCUCACCACCAGAGCAAAAACAGAGAACCACCUCUGCUUCUUCCCUCCGACGAUCCCCUCUCGUCUUCGAUGCUGAGCUUCCUUCCCGUGCCUGGAGAAUUUCGAUCCAAAUUCAUAGUUUGGGAUUCCUUCAAGGACUUACUCCUAUGCGGAUUUAAGGAUUGGGGUAGAUCGACCUAUUUCGAAAUGGGCAGAUUGUUCUUUCUCUGCAAUCCGUUUACAGAGCAAUGGGUCGCCCUUCCUCUGGCGCCUGAGAGGAUAACCCGCCGUUAUCGAACAGCGGAAGUCAGAUUGGUCUGCGAGGAAGUUGGUAAUUCUAAUACCAGUUUGGAUAUGGGAGAUGGACAAGCAUUCGUGUACUCUUCCGACUAUCGAUUCCGCGUUCUGCUAGCGUAUGAAGCCCUUUCAAUGACGCUAUGUGAUUUCGAACUAUACGUAUUCUGUUCCAAGUCUCGAAGAUGGUCGAGGAGAAAGAAUCUUCGUCUUCAAACUGAUGCAGCAUCGUCGAAUGGGAAGUUGUACUGGAAGUGUCAACAGGAAAUUUGCAGCUCGGAUCCUUCCCGCCGGAAUAUGCGUCCGAUCACCAUCGAUGAAAUGGAAUUCAUGGAGUUCUCUUACGGAUCGUCACUUCGGUUCUCCCAUUUGUCGUCCUCUGAUGGCGGUCUGUACAUAAUCCAACUUGAACCGAAACUCAGUGAUCAGCAACAGCAUGGAAACUGGGUUCCACCGAGUGACAGAGAUGUUUUCAGAGUUUGGAAGUGGGAAGAAGGGAGCAUGAAGUGGACGAUGUGCUACGAAGCGUUGCUGGGGACGAUGAAGCGCAACAGCGGUUCUGAAGUUGAGGAUCUGGAAGUUGUAUCCGUGCUUGCUCAACAUCCAAACAAGCCCGAAAUCUUCUUCUUGAAAUGUUAUCGGAAGCCACGCUCUGUCGUUUUUUCGUGCAAUUUUAGGACUAGAAAGAUAGAGCUCCUUAGUGACCGUAUACCAUACAAGGCUUUUAAGCGUUGGAUAGCAUUCCAGCCUAGAACCACUUGCUUCGCUACAUCGAUUCCUAGCUAUGGAAAAUUGCUAGAUAUGUAUAAUGGAAGAGUUCAUGGUUUAGUUCAAAAGAGAAAAUCAACUUGA